AAGGGAAGCCAAAAUAGGUAAAAUGUGACUACGCGUCUCAGAUGUAGCUCAAAGUGACUUUUUUUCUUCACUAACUAGUAUUAUAUAGGUAGGUAUUUAUGACAAGAUGAACAAUCUGUUCCCAUUAUCCAUGCAACCGCAUCAGCUGAAGUUUAGCAACACCAGAAAAUGAAUAAAGAUUCACAAUUUCAUUUACCUAUCAAGCAUUCUUUCCCCCAUGGGUCGUGGCACGUAUUGUACGCCAUGAACUCUGCUGGUCACAUACUGACACACGUUUGAUACCACCUAGCGGCUAGCGGCGAAAUAACGAAGCCAUCAAGUGGUGAAACCAUUACCCCCAUCUAGUGGAAAGUUAACUUAGAUCCAUAUCAGAAAAUACUUAUAAUGUCCCAUUUUUUUAUUCUGUGGUUUUACCUUGUUAUAAUCAAAGGUUUGACAAUAUUAAAUGCUUAAAAAAGGUCCACCGUUUUCUUAAAAUUCAUUAAUUUAAGUUUUCUUCUAUAAGUAAAGACUUUUGAAAACGAUUACGACUUAGUUCUGAGAAAUGGAAAGCUAAAAGUCCCAAGGCUAACCUUCUACAUCUUACGUGACCUUUAGUCACUCCGUCGCUCCGCCAAUUUCAGACGGGAUGCAUUCUAGGUAAACGCUAAUGAUUUUUUCGUUUCUUCAGCCGUAUUAACCCGAAUGUUAUCCGUGGACCCUAUUUAAAGACAGGUGAACAAACUGUUAGACAACGCAGUUAUUCACUUCUUCUCUUCUGGUAAAGGGACUAGCUCCUCAAAACAAAACAAAAUCAUGAACUCUUUCGUUCCGAUGUCGAUGCCCUAUUCCGGCGCACCUAUGUCUUACGCGCCACCUCCUCCAUCAUAUGCACCUCCGUCAUAUGCCCCACCAUCUUAUGCAACUUCUGCAGACUACGCAGCUCCUCAAACAGCUCCUAUCCAGCUGACACCUCUGGUCAUCCCUAACGAUGCUGACGCUCUUGGUGGCGGUGGUGGUGGUGGUGGAGGCGGUAGUAUCACCAAGUUUUUCGCUCUGCCACUGAUCGUCGUACUCCCAAUUUUACUUCCUUUUCUUGUAAUCCUUUUCUUUCUCCCUAAAUUCGGGAAAAAACCCACCAAGGAUAAGAAGGAGUAUGAAGAUAUGAAACCUUACUACGAUGACCAAGAAUACGACAACAGUUACAUGGACGACAAACCAUACAAAGACAGCCGCAAGCGUCGCCAAGCAGACAGCAAGAAUAUUUCAUCGUCCUCUUCGGGCCUGCCAUCGAUGAGCACCGCACAAGUCGAUCGGUUAACCGACGUUGUCUUUGCUGCCAUCAACUCUCAAGAAUGUAUCCAACGCCUCCUGUGCGAAGCCGGCUCUCUUUCACGUUCUUUCUCUGACACAGCCCAGAUGAUGACGAAAGCUGUAAAGGAGUUUGUUCCGAAUUCUAUCAAGAAUUCUUACGACGUGUUCGCAAAAGCGGAGAAAUGCGAGCAGUACAAAUGUGGAUCCCUCGACGUCCGCAAAUAACUGCUAUGUUUUUAAAAAAACUAAUUUAAUACUUUUGACAGAGUUUAGCAACUUACAUAUUCCUUUGAAUUUUUCAAUGAUUAUUUAGCUGUAUUUAUAUGAUCUGUAUCCCAACAAUAAAACAUGCAGCCACAA